UGACUUGUCAUAGAUGUCUCCUCACAAUCUGCUUCCCAAGCCUUAUUCUCCUGCCCUGCUAAGAUACUUCAUUUAGGCAUACACCACUUUUUAAGAGGUCAGAAACGUUUUGGGAACAUAAAAUAUACAUAUCCUUGCUCCCUGAAGUGCACUUCUAAGGACCUGCUGGCCUAAGGAUCCACAUCACCCAGGAUCUUAUUAAAAACCUAGAAUCUCAGGUCCCACCCCAGACUUACUGUAUCAGAAUCUUCAUUUUAACAAGCUCUCCAGGUGAUUUAUGUGCACAUUAAAGUUUGAGAAGCACUAACUUAAAAAAUAACAAGUGAAUUAUAAAUUCACUUAUAAAUUAACAAAUGAACAAAUCAGACCUAAGGGGAAAUCUGAUGACACCAAAGCUUAAGUGAUAUUGAUAAAUGCAUGAGGUCAGGUGGUCUAUACUUAAUUGUGGGGGGGGAGGUAUACUGAUUUUGAAGAAGCCAAACAGGACAACCAGAUCAAGUGGAGGUUUUUAGUGUAUAUAGGUACUAGACUUAGUACUUACUCUCUCAUCACCUCUCCUGCCUCCUUUCACAUCACUGUGUCUGCAUCAAAAAAUAUUCUAAGGCCAGACUCGGAUCUUCCUUUCCAGGUCUAGAGACCAAGCCCCUCCCCACCGGCCUCCUUCCCUUCCUGUUUCCUGAGGUUAGUUAGGUGUGACAGAGAGAUAAAAAAGCAGGCUUCUCCUGCCCCUCAACCUGUAUUCAUCCUUUAAUAAGGUAUCACUUCUUCCGGAAAGCCCACCGCCCUUCCUGCCCUUCCCCUUCUAGCUGUGCACCAGGCCAUAUAGGCACUUUCCAUCCUGUACUGUCAUUGAUUAAUGGGAGGCAGUACACAGCUGUGUUAAAGGACACAGGCUCUGGAAUCAAAUACACUCAGGUCUAAAUCCCAGCUCCCCCUCCUACAAGAUACGUGACUUUGAACCAGUUACUUAACCCCCCAUGGGCUUUAGUUUUCUCACCUGUAAAAUGUGGCUAAUGAUAGUGAUUUACUCUCCGAAAUUGUUGAGGAAUGCAUGAAUUAAUACAUGGCAGUGAUAUGUGCCAUACCUUAGUUGUCCCCAAGCGCCCAUCUGUGAACAGUGAAUAAAUAAUAAAAAGCUGAGUGGCUGCAGCACUCAAGAGGCCGGCUGGCCAACGUUGAGCCAAAAGGAACUCCAGGUCCGUGCGGGCCCGAGACUCCUUCCAGCUUUUGCGGAGCCAGGGGCCUGCUCCCUCGCGGAUAGGGCGGGACCUUUGGGUUGAGUGACUGCGGGUGGCCCGCCCCGGGCGUGACGUAGUCCUGGUGGUGUUGCUGCGGCCGCACGUGGUCGACCAAGUACGCCUCAGACUUUGCUGCGCUCCGGGUCCUGAGUACCAGCCCAGCCGUUUGCCUUCCUACUCGUCCUGUUCGCUAUGUCCACAUCCACGAGCUGCCCGAUUCCCGGGGGCAGAGAUCGGCUGCCCGACUGCUACAGCACCACGCCGGGGGGCACGCUAUACGCCACUACCCCGGGAGGCACCAGGAUCAUCUACGACCGAAAGUUCCUGCUGGAGUGCAAGAACUCACCCAUUGCCCGGACACCCCCCUGCUGCCUCCCUCAGAUUCCCGGGGUCACAACCCCUCCAACAGCCCCCCCCUCCAAGCUGGAGGAGCUGAAGGAGCAGAAGGAGACAGAGGAAGAGACACCUGAUGACGCACAAUUUGAAAUGGACAUCUAAUCCAGUGCAGAUGACCCGUGUGUGGAGUUAGAGGAAUCCCUCAUGCCGCUGCUGCCACCACCUCUGCCGGGGUAUCCAAAGGCCAGCUGGCCUCGUCUAAUCUGGAAGGAGUGACUUGGUUCUGGGCCUCCCUUAGCUCUGAGGCAGCUAGACCAGGGAUAGGAGUGGGCAAUUUGCCAAGCCCUUAGCUCUACUUUCUCUGGUCUGUAGGCACUCCUCUCAACCUCCAGCCCUUUAUGCUCAGAGGCUGAGGCAGGGCCUGGGGGGUGGAGUGGGUCACUUUCUGACUGCUUAGUAAACAUUCAAAGAAAUG